GAAGGCGUGUGCAUGUGAGCGAGAGGGGCGGGGUCAAUCCCGUCAUCCCCUGCAGCAGCAUCUUCUUCACCCUCAUCAUCCUCGACUUGGCGGCCUGUUUUCAUCGCAACUUUGGGAUAAUCAUCAUCAUCAUCAGCUCGGCCAGACGUGGCGCAUGUAGACUGGCGUUGUCUGGCGGUGCCAGAGGUGAAAGGUCACGAUGACGGCAGUGGCCUCUGACCUGGAGCACAUGGAGCUGCAGCGGCAGUACGGCGGCGAGGUCAGCAAACGCUGGGACGACGACUGGGACAACGAGAACAGCUCGGCCCGCCUCUUCGAGCGUUCGCGCAUUAAAGCGCUCGCAGAUGAGCGCGAGGCGGUGCAGAAGAAGACAUUCACUAAGUGGGUCAACUCUCACCUUUGCCGAGUGUCGUGCAGGAUUGGUGACCUUUACACGGACCUGCGAGAUGGACGCAUGCUCAUCCGACUUCUAGAAGUUCUGUCAGGGGAGAGACUGCCGAGGCCCACCAAGGGUCGGAUGCGGAUUCACUGCCUGGAGAAUGUGGACAAGGCUCUGCAGUUCCUGAAGGAGCAGCGUGUCCACCUGGAGAAUAUGGGCUCACACGACAUUGUGGAUGGGAACCACCGCCUGACCCUGGGCCUCAUCUGGACCAUCAUCCUCCGUUUCCAGAUUCAAGACAUCAGCGUGGAGACUGAAGACAACAAAGAAAAAAAAUCAGCCAAAGAUGCUUUGUUGUUAUGGUGUCAGAUGAAGACGGCCGGGUAUUCUAACGUGAACAUCCACAACUUCACCACAAGCUGGAGAGACGGGAUGGCCCUCAGUGCCCUCAUCCAUAAACACAGGCCUGAUUUGAUCGACUUUGACAAGCUGAAGAAAUCAAAUGUCCACUACAACCUGCAGAACGCCUUCAACAUGGCUGAACAACACCUGGGCCUCACCAAGCUGCUAGACCCUGAGGACAUCAGCGUGGAUCACCCAGACGAGAAGUCGGUCAUCACCUAUGUGGUGACCUUCUACCAUUACUUCUCCAAGAUGAAGGCUCUGAAGGUGGAGGGCAAGCGGAUCGGGAAGGUGCUGGAUCACGCCAUUGAGACGGAGACGAUGAUCGAGAAGUAUGAGUCUCUGGCGUCCGACCUGCUCGAAUGGAUCGAACAGACCAUCAUCAUCCUCAACAACAGGAAGUUUGCCAACUCUCUGGCGGGCGUUCAGCAGCAGCUUCAGGCCUUCAACACCUACAGAACUGUGGAGAAACCUCCAAAGUUCACAGAAAAGGGGAACUUGGAGGUUCUUCUCUUCACCAUCCAGAGCAAAAUGAGAGCCAACAACCAGAAAGUCUUCACACCUCGUGAGGGGAAACUCAUCUCGGACAUUAACAAGGCCUGGGAGCGUCUGGAGAAGGCGGAGCAUGAGAGGGAGUUGGCCCUGCGAACAGAGCUAAUCCGUCAAGAGAAGUUGGAACAACUAGCGAGACGCUUGGACCGUAAGGCAGCCAUGAGGGAGACCUGGCUCAGUGAAAACCAAAGACUAGUCUCACAGGACAACUUCGGCCUUGACCUUCAAGCCGUGGAGGCGGCUACUAAGAAGCACGAGGCCAUCGAGACUGACAUUGCAGCGUAUGAGGAGCGCGUGCAGGCUGUGGUUGCAGUGGCGAAAGAACUGGAGGUGGAGCAUUACCAUGACAUCAAACGCAUCGUCGCCAGGAAAGACAACGUGAUGCGGCUGUGGGAGUACUUGUUGGAGCUGCUGAAGGCACGAAGGCAGCGUCUGGAGAUGAACCUGGGCCUGCAGAGAGUCUUUCAAGAGAUGCUACACAUCAUGGACUGGAUGGACGAGAUGAAGAUGCUUCUUUUGUCUCAGGAUUACGGCAAGCAUCUGUUGGGUGUGGAAGACCUCCUGCAGAAACACGCCCUGGUGGAAGCCGACAUUGCAGUGCAGGCUGACAGGGUGAAAGCGGUCUCCACCAGCGCCCAGAAAUACUCUACCAGCGACAAUGGCUACAAGCCCUGUGAGCCUCAGGUCAUCCAAGACCGCGUAGCCCAUCUGGACUUCUGCUACCAGGAGUUGACUCAGCUUGCUGUAGAACGCCGGGCCCGCCUUGAGGAGUCCCGCCGUCUCUGGAAGUUCUUCUGGGACAUGGCUGAGGAGGAGGGUUGGAUCCGGGAAAAGGAGCAGAUCCUGUCCUCAGCUGAGCACGGCAAGGACCUGACAGGCGCCCUGCGCCUGCUCAGCAAACAGCGAGCCUUGGAGGAUGAGAUGAGCGGUCGCUCUGGACACCUGCAGAACACUAUAGCAGAAGGCCAGAUCAUGGUGCAGACAGACCACUUUGGUGCAGCAAAGAUCCAGGAGCGGAUCCAUGAUCUUCAGACACAGUGGGCGGCACUGGAGCAACUGGCAGCUGUCAGGAGGAAGAAGUUGCAAGAUGCUCUGGCACUGCACCAGUUUCAGGCUGAUGCAGAUGAUGCGGACACUUGGACCCUCGAUGCUCUUCGCAUCGUUUCCAGUAGCGAUACGGGACAUGAUGAGUUCUCCACACAGGCUUUGGUCAGGAAGCAUAAAGAUGCAGCAACUGAGGUGAGCAGCUAUCACCCGGUCAUCGACCUGCUGUAUGAACAGGCUGCCUCCCUGCCCAAAGAGGAGGCGGAGUCAGAAAAGCUGCGUGGGCAGCUGGUGAGCAUUGAGGAGCGCUACAAGGAGGUUUCAGAGCUCACAAAGCUCAGGAAGCAGUCACUGCAGGACACACUGGCUCUCUACAAAAUGGUUACUGAAGUUGGUGCCUGUGAGGCUUGGAUAGACGAGAAAGAACAGUGGUUGAACAGCAUGGAGAUCCCCGAGAAGCUGGAGGACUUGGAGGUUGUCCAGCACAGGUUUGAAAGUCUGGAGCCGGAGAUGAACAAUCAGGCCUCCCGUGUUGCUGUGGUGAACCAGAUCGCACGUCAGCUGCUUCACAGUGAUCAUCCUGGUGAGAAGAACAUCAGGAGCCAGCAAGACAAACUCAACAACAGGUGGAGCCAGUUUCGUGAUCUGGUGGACCACAAGAAGGAAUCCUUAAACGCUGCGCUGGGUGUGCAGAACUACCACCUUGACUGUAACGAGACAAAGUCCUGGAUCAAAGAAAAGACCAAGGUCAUUGAAUCAACCCAAGAGCUGGGCAACGACCUAGCUGGGGUCAUGGCCCUGCAGCGCAAACUCACAGGAAUGGAACGAGACCUGGCUGCCAUCGAGCAGAAACUUGAAGAUCUACAAGGUGAAGCGCAGCGGCUGGCGGAUGGGCAUCCUGAGCAAGCCAACGCCAUCACAGGCCAACUCGCCGAGAUCUCCGCCAUCUGGGAGGAACUGAAGAACACUUUGAAGAAUCGUGAGGAGUCUCUGGGUGAGGCCCGGAAGUUGCAACAGUUUUUGCGUGAUCUGGAUGACUUCCAGUCCUGGCUUUCCCGCACCCAGACUGCCAUUGCCUCCGAGGACAUGCCUAACACGCUGGCGGAGGCUGAGAAGCUAAUGGGCCAACACGACGGCAUUAGGAAUGAAAUACAGAAUUAUGAAGAGGACUACCAGAAGAUGCGCGAGAUGGGGGAGAUAGUUACGCAGGGUCAAACGGACGCUCAGUACGUGUUUUUGCGGCAGAGACUGCAGGCACUCGAUGUCGGCUGGAAUGAGCUGCAUAAGAUGUGGGAGAACCGACAGAACCUGCUGUCCCAGUCUCACGCGUACCAGAUGUUCCUCAGGGACACCAAGCAGGCUGAAGCAUUCCUCAACAACCAGGAAUACAUCCUGGCUCACACGGAGAUGCCCACCACGUUAGAUGGGGCUGAGGCCGCCAUCAGGAAGCAGGAAGACUUCAUGACCACCAUGGACGCCAAUGAGGACAAGAUCAACAGUGUGGUGGAGACCGGUAGGCGGCUGGCGAGUCACGGGAACAUCAAUCGGGAACGGAUCCGAGAGAGAGUCACCUCCGUGGAUGACAGGCAUAAAAGGAACAGGGAGACUGCAGUGGAGCUUCUGAUUAAACUGAAGGACAACCGAGAUCUGCAGAAGUUCCUGCAGGACUGCCAGGAGCUGACGUUGUGGAUCAACGAGAAGAUGCUGACAGCUCAGGACAUGACAUACGAUGAGGCUCGGAACCUGCAUAGCAAAUGGCUGAAGCACCAGGCCUUCAUGGCCGAACUGCAGUCCAACAAAGAAUGGCUGGACAAGAUCCAGAAGGACGGCAUGCUUCUCGUGUCGGAGAAGUCUGAGACAGAGACGGUGGUGACGGAGAAGCUGUCCGUGCUACACAGGAUGUGGGCGGAGCUUGAGUCCACCACCCAGACCAAAGCUCAGUGUCUAUUCGACGCCAACAAGGCAGAGCUGUUCACACAAAGCUGCACCGACCUGGACCAGUGGCUCAUAGGGCUGGAGGGUCAGAUCCAGUCUGAUGAUUUUGGAAAAGACCUGACGUCCGUCAACAUCCUGCUGAAUAAGCAACAGAUGCUGGAGAAGCAGGUGGAGGUGCGUGAGCGGGAAGUGGUGGAGCUGCAGACUCAUGUCAAAGCACUCGGUCAGGAGGUGAUGGAUGCUGACCAUGUGGAUGGACGACGCCAACUGGUGGAGAGGAAGUUCCAGGAGCUGCUGGAACCACUCCGCCGCCGCAAAAACUUCCUGGUGGCAUCAAGAGAAGUUCAUCAGUUCAACCGUGAUGUGGAGGAUGAGAUUCUUUGGGUCAAGGAGAGGGCGCCCCUCGCCACCUCCACUGACCAUGGACACAACCUCCAGACAGUCCAGCUGCUCAUAAAGAAGAACCAGACACUUCAGAAAGAGAUCCAAGGGCACCAGCCCCGCAUCGACGACAUCCUGGAGCGCAGUUGCAGGCUUCUCAAAGAUGGAGACGCCGACAUCAGUCGACGGCGAGUGGCCGACCUGCAGGUUCUCUGGCAGCAGCUGACAGAGGAGGUGGAGCAUCGCUGCAGCAGGCUGGAGAAAGCCCAUAAGGCCCAGCAGUACUACUUUGACGCGGCCGAGGCCGAAGCAUGGAUGAGCGAGCAAGAGCUGUACAUGAUGUCAGAGGAGAAGGCCAAGGAUGAGCAGAGUGCAGUCAGUAUGCUGAAGAAACAUCAGAAUGUGGAGCAGGCGGUAGAGGACUACGCCGAGACUGUGCACAUACUCUCCCAGACGAGUCGGGGACUGGUGGCCGCUGCACACCCAGACAGCGAGCGCAUCAGCCUGCGUCAGUCUCAGGUGGACAAGUUGUACGCUAGCCUGAAGGACCUGUCUGAGGAGAGGCAGGCCAAACUGGACGAGAGGCUGCGCCUCUUCCAGCUCAACCGGGAAGUUGAUGACCUGGAACAAUGGAUCGCUGAGAGGGAGGUGGUGGCUGGAUCUCAUGAACUCGGACAAGACUAUGAACACGUCAUGAUGUUACAGGAACGUUUCAGGGAGUUUGCGCGGGACACAGGAAACAUUGGACAGGAGCGUGUGGACGUCGUCAACCGGCAGGCUGAUGAGCUUAUCAACUGUGGCCAUGGGGACGCUGCUACCGUGGCCGAGUGGAAGGACGGGCUGAACGAGGCCUGGGCUGACCUGCUGGAGCUCAUUGACACCCGGACGCAGAUCCUGGCUGCCUCCUUCGAGCUGCACAAGUUCUACCACGAUGCAAAGGAGAUCCUGGUUCGCGUUGUGGACAAACGGCACAAGCUUCCCGAGGAGGCAGGCCGGGACCAGAACACUGUGGACCUGUUACAGAGGGCGCAUACCGCCUUUGAACGUGAUAUUCAGGCACUGGGAACGCAGGUAAGGCAGCUGCAGGAGGAUGCGACCCGUCUUCAGUCCGCCUAUGCCGGAGACAAAGCCGACGACAUCCAGCAGCGGGAGAGCGAGAUCCUGACCGCCUGGAAUGACCUGCUGGAUGCCAGCGACCGGCGCAGACUCCGCCUGCUGGACACUGCCGACAAGUUCCGCUUCUUCAACAUGAUCCGAGACCUGAUGAUGUGGAUGGACCACGUGGUCUGGCUCAUCGAAGCCCAGGAGCAACCUCGCGAUGUAUCGUCUGUGGAGCUGCUGAUGAACCACCAUCAAGGCAUCAAGGCGGAGGUGGAUGCUCGUAACGACAACAUGAGCGUGUGUGUGGAGCUGGGCAAGGCGCUGCUCUCUAAGAAACACUAUGCAUCACAGGAAAUCAAAGAGAAGCUGCUGCAGUUGACGAAUAAGAGGAAAGACAUGAUUGACAAGUGGGAGGAUCGAUGGGAGUGGCUACGACUCGUCCUGGAGGUGCACCAGUUCUCACGGGAUGCGGGUGUGGCAGAGGCGUGGCUUCUAGGUCAGGAGUCAUACCUGUCCAGCAAAGAGGUGGGUCACAGCGUCGAUGAGGUGGAGAAACUCAUCAAGCGCCACGAGGCCUUCGAGAAGUCGGCCGCCACCUGGGAGGAACGCUUCUCUGCGUUGGAGCGCCUGACCACGAUGGAACUGUUGGAAGUGAGGAAGCAGCAAGAGGAGGAGGAGGCGGAGAGGAAGAUGCGACAGCCAUCUUCAGAGACACCGGUCAUCCAGCCACAAGACCAGAGCAGUGUCAUCAAUCACAACGGCAUCUCGUCUGAACAGGACUCCCCUCAGAAUGGUGUGGGUGGGGAGCUGGUAAACGGGCUCGCAGACAGCAGCUCCAAGGAGCCGAGUCCUGCCCCCUCACCGACUCCUGCCAGGAAGAAGAAGAAAAGCAGCGUGUCGUCCACACUUCCGCCCUCGCCGUCGCAGCUGGAAGGUCUUCUGCACCGCAAACACGAGUGGGAGGGGCCAAACAAGAAGGCGUCCAAUAGGUCGUGGCACAACGUGCUCUGUGUCAUCAGCAAACAGGAAAUGGGCUUCUACAAGGACAGCAAGGCCGCGGCGCAAGGCGUGGUCUAUCACAACGAGCCGCAUGUCAGCCUGAAGGACGCCACAUGCGAUGUGGCGUCCGACUACAAGAAGAAGAAACAUGUCUUCAAGCUGAGAGUCGCCGACGGCAAUGAAUUUCUGUUCCAAGCCAAAGAUGAAGAGGAAAUGAGUACGUGGAUCCAGGCCAUCCUCAAUGCCAGUGCUGCCAACGGGCUGAGCAAUGCCAACGGGCCGAGCGGCGACCUCGCCGUAACACCCUCCGGCGAAUCGAAUGUGGUCAAAAAAGAGAAGGACAAAGAGAAACGCUUCAGUUUGUUUGGCAAGAAGAAGCAGUGAGCACAGUGCCACCUUGUGCUGAAAGGCUUUGAAACAGGAAGUGACACGCUUAGCCUCGCAGUCUUGGCCACCAAGUGGAAACAUGAACAAAUAUUACCAAACAACAAAUAAUAUUACCUCUAUAAUAAAUGAGGUAAAAAAAAUAUGAACAUAUUCAAGCUUUUUGGGUUGUGACGUUUUGAGGUAUCUAAAUGAUAGCAUUAGCUACUGAAAAAAGUGUCUUGUUUUCUUGUCAAUGUGCGUACUCAAGGUGACGAAUGUCGACUCGUGAACGACAUUGACCCCUUAUUUUUUUUGGUUAUUUAUUUUUUAAAAAUGGAUGGCCGUGGCCUUCUGUAUGUCGUGAUAAACAGGACCAAGAUUUUUUUUUGUUUCCACUGUCACCGCCCACUAGCAUAGCAUGCUAAGCUGACCAGCAUGUCGCCCGAAAAACGAUUAACAAGUACGCUAAAUGUAGCUGUUUGAAGUUUCCCACAAAUUAAACUUGCUUGCUUGUCGUUAAGUCUUAACACUGAUAUAUGUAUGGUCACUGUGCACUUACUUACUGAAUAUGUAUGCAAUUUGCUACACAAUCACACAUCUUGAGGAAUGAAGAAGCUCAAUAUUUAAACACUUUAAAGCUUUUCUCAUGUAUCCAAAUUAAACACUCGCCUGCUCUCUUGCUAUCAAAUCAUUAAAAGUUUAAA